UGUUGUUUGGAGCAAAGAUGUGGCUCUCAAAAAGUGUUAGGGUUUCUCUUCUUCCUUCCAUUGCCAAGUUUCCUCCUUUUCUUCCAAUGCACAAUUCCCUCUUUUGCUCUCACUCUCACUCUCAAACUUCCUUAUACGACGAAGCCGUCUCACAAUUCAAUAACUUGCUUCGUGAGCGUCAUGUUCCUCCCAUCUUCGAAUUUGGAAAAAUUUUGGGAUUUCUUGUGAGGAUGAAGCAGUACCCUACUGCUAUUUCUCUCAUCAAGCAAAUGGAGCUCAAAGGAAUUCACAAUGACCUUGCUAAUCUCAACCUCCUCAUCAAUUGUUUCUGUCACUUACACAAAUUGGCUCUGGCAUUCUCUGUAUUUGCCAAGAUUCUCAAACAGGGUUAUCAUCCAAAUGCCAUAACCUUAAAUACACUCAUGAGAGGUCUAUGUGAUAAGGGUGAGGUCAAGGAAGCCCUAAAUCUUCACGACAAAGUAGUAGCAAUAGGAUUUCGGCUCGACGAAUUUACUUACCCGAUUCUAAUCAAUGCAUUGAGCAAAAUAGGAGAAAUUGAAGCCGCGAUCAAAUUGUUCAGAACUAUUCAAGAUCCAUCGACAGUAAUGUAUAGCAUUAUUAUUGACUGUUUACUUAAAGAGAAACAUCCGCAAGAAGCUUAUGAUUUUUAUUUUGAGAUGGUUAUCAAGGGAAUUUCUCCUGAUGUUGUUACUUAUAGUACUCUAAUUUAUGGCUUUUGCUUAGUGGGACAGGUAGAGGUAGCAGUUGGUUUUCUAAAUGAAAUGCUAUCAAAUAAUAUCACGCCAGAUGUUUAUACCUAUACUAUAUUGAUUGAUGCAUUGUGUAAGGAAAAAAAGCUGGGAGAAGCUAAGAAUGUUUUAAGUGUGAUGUUGAAAGCUUAUGUAAAACCUAAUGUCGUUUGCUUUAAUGCUCUAAUGGAUGGGUAUUACUUAGUUAAUAAAGUGAAGAAUAUUAAACAAGUAUUCAGUGCAAUGACCCACAUGGGAGUGAGUCCUAAUGUUAGGACCUACACUAUCAUGAUAAAUGGACUCAUAAGGAACGAAAGGGUGGAUGAGGCCAUAAAUCUCUUUCAAGAAAUGCCCAGUAGGAAUAUCCUUCCAAAUAGUGUAACUUACAGUACUCUUAUUGAUGGUUUAUGCAAAACUGGAAGAAUCUCUCAUGCUUGGGAUCUUUUUCAUGAGAUGCAUGAUAGAAAUCAACAAGCAGACGUAAUCACUUAUAGUUCCUUGAUUGAUGCUUUAUGCAAAAAUCAUCAUCUAGACAAGGCAAUUGAAUUAUUGAGGAAAAUGGGGAGACUUAAUAAUGCACAAGAGAUUUUUCAAGAUUUAUUGAAUAAAGUUCACAAUCUCAACAUCUCUACUUAUAAUGCCAUGAUCAAUGGUCUUUGUAGAGAGGGUUUGCUUGAUGAGGCAUUGACCUUGUGGUCCAAAAUGGAAGACUGUGGUUGCCUCUCUAAUGCUAUAACUUUCGAAAUAAUCAUCUUUGCUCUCUUUAAGAUGGGCGAGACUGAAAAAGCAGAGAAAUUUUUGCACAAAAUGAUCGCUAGACUUGUUGAAAUGAUGAAAGGUGACACCUUAUUUCAAUAACAAGUAACAUUUAUGUGUUUGCCGUAGAAUGUGCACGAAUGGUUUGUAAAUUUUGUAUUAGAUGAGUUGGUUUAGGCUGUAAGCUCUGUUGCUGAUGUUUUCCUGGUCAAGGGUUGAUACAUUUUUAUUUUCUACUCUGCAUUUUGAUUGCUAUCAAACUUCUAUUUCUUUUGACAUUACAUUUUAUUUGUAGAAUUUGUUUAACUAAGUAGUGCAAAGGUUGAAAUCAAUGAUUUUAUUGUCUUUCAAGACCAAAACUGUGACCUCCCUCCCUAUAUAAAAAAUCUUGAUGAUUUUUCUAUUUCCAACUGUUUGAUAUUCCCCAUUCAUGUUUGUCAGAGACCAAAUAUGUUUUUUCUUUAGGGCCCUUUGCACUUCAUGGAAACAUUCCCAAAGAAUAAGCACACUUACUAAGUUUCGGGAUCUUAACCUUGGAAUAAUCAUCUUCAUGAUAUGUCUAUCCCUAAAGAACUUUUAAGUCUUUCUAAAUUCUUCCGAUAGCAAAAUCUCACAUGUCGAUUUCUUACUCUCACUCUAUUAAUUGCUGGUUCAGUACCACAAGAACUUGGUCAUUUAGCACAAUUCAAUACAUUGUCUCUCCAUAAUAAUUGCUAACUGGUUCAAUCCAUUCUGCAUUAGCUCUAUUGAAGAAUGUGGUCAGAUUUUAUCUUAUUUCAAACCAAUUUGCAGAUAUAUAACUCUGAAAUUUGACACAAUUAAUGGAAUUACAUCUAUCUAAUAAUUUACUCACAAAUUCAAUCCCUUCUGCAUUGUGCCAAUAAGAGAACUAGACUAUACCGGUAGAAUUUGGAAAUCUGAAAAAGAUAUUUGCUAGAUGAGUGUGCCUUUUUUUUCUUUUUUGUUCAUAGGAUUUGAAUUAGUUCUCCAUGUUGUUCCCACAAGAGUUAUUUGGAAAAUUUCCUGGUUUGUUUUUUUUCCCUUAUACUUUGAUUUCCCAUAUACUUUGAUUUCUUCCUCCUUAAAACCUCUGUUGUAUGAACAUUAUGCAGCCUAUUGUCUCACUUCAUAACAUGGAGAUGAUCAAGGUGAACUCUAAAAGAACUAGAGAUAUACCACUUGUUUUGUGUUGGAAGGAUCAUGGCACAACUUCCUUUUGUUCAAGUAUGGUUAUACAUAACCAACUGAUUUAGUUCUUACUUAAUUAUAUAUGUAGAAAUUACAUAAUUACAAUGAUAAAGCUCUUAGAUUAAUUACAUACCCAUAUAUAGAACUCAUAUAUUGU